AUGGUUCCAGUAGACAAUAUUUUAUGUGAUUGCUCAAUAACAAAAAUAUUGAAAAGAAGAAACAAUGGUACUGUCAUGUUCAAAGAAUACCAUGCCAUAGGUGGCCAAAACAAAGUCACCAUGGGUAUAUACUCCGUUCUAAUCUUGACAUCAUGUUUGGUUAUCGGAAGUUACGCUAUCAGCUCAUGCUGUAAAAACCUUAUCCCAGACUUAAGCUACAAACUAACUGGUACCGAAGUAGCCUUCCCGUGUGACAGUACGAAAAACAUUUACAAAACUACAGGCCGUUAUGUAGCCAAAAACAUCAUCGCAACCAGAAUGCAGAUCUACAGAGAUGACGCUUAUGUAGCUCUGCCAAGAUACAGGCAUGGAGUGCCGUUCACUCUAGCUAAGUUCUCCUUGAAAACUAGAGGCUGCAAAGCUGUCUUAGUGCCAUAUCCGUGCUGGCCACUGCAAGAAGAAGGCAACUGUGAAGCUUUACAAAAUGUUGUUGAUUUGUUUAUUGACGGAGCUGAUCAUCUCUGGGUAUUAGACAUUGGUUUGGUAAAUACAUUGGAACAACCUGUACGUCGUUGUGCACCUAAAAUAGUCGGAAUAAACUUGAAGACUAACCAAGUAGUGAAAGUAAUUAGUCUGGAACCUUUCGUUACGCCUGAAAGUCGCCUACAAUAUAUCAUCGUCGACUUCUCAAAAGAUGGCAUUCCCUUCGCUUAUGUAGCUGAUGGUGGUUCCGGAGCAAUCAUCGUCGUGGACUUAAAGAGUGGUAGUGGAUUCCGUAUUGUUCUACCAGUUGCCGUAUCAACUGGUGCAGUUAACUGCGUAAAGGAUGUCCUCUACAUUGCCUUAGCAAGAAAGCCCUGCGGAAACAUUCUUUACUUCACCUACCUCUCAUCACCAAGACUAUUUUCAAUCAAAGCUGAAUUCUUACAAAAAGGCCAAGCCAUGGGAGCCGUCAUUGACGUUGGACACAAACCUCCAUUUGGAAAAAUCGUUCUUUUGGGUACAGAUAACGGUGCCGCUAUUUUCUUUAGAUACAAGGGUGAAUCUGAUAUCUUCAUCUGGAACAGUGAAACUGUCUUCAAACCCGAAAACUUUCUCUUGGUCCAAAAAGGAGACGACUGUAGACUGGCUACUGAAGUCGUUGCUGGAUACAAAAAACUCAUGUGGGCUAUUGAAAGUAACUUCCACGAUUACAUUCUUGAUAUCGCUGGAAGUCUUGGCCCCUCAAUGGCUGUACAUCCUCUUAUCAAAACUUGUGAUUAG